AUGAUGAUUCGAUCCCUCUCUUGUUUUUUGGCAGGUUUCCUGCUGCUCCCAGGAGUUCUGGCACUCAAGCCCGGUGGAGCCAUUGAUGUCUUUGAUGGAGUGAAUGAGGAAGAAACCUCCAAAACCCGUGGUUUGAGGAACCAACAACGUGUCAAUACAAGACACAGAGGAAACAACAAUGGAGGAAACAGCGGAGGAAACAGAGGAAACAACGGAGGAGGCGGAGGCAACGGCGGCGGAGGAGGACGCAGAGGUGGCGCUGGUAGAAACAGGAUGGGAAUGAACGACGGUGGUAGUAGGAGUGAAGUGGUGCCCCCACCACGCGAGGGAAAGAAAGCAACCAUCAAGAUUACCAAUCUUGCUAAUGGGCAACCUCUCAGCGAGUUCUAUGUCAUGGCUCACAAUGCUGAAGCUGCACCACUUUUUGAACUUGGAAAACGAGCCACAGAAUCUUUGGGUGUCCUUGCAGAAACUGGAGAGGCCGAAGAGCUGGUCAGGCGAUACGUUGAGGUGUGCCCCUAUGGUGUCAAGGAGGACUCUCUUUCCAUUGAAGCCCUUGAUGAACUCCAAGGACUCGGAGAAGUCUUGGAAUUUGAAGUUGAGCUCACUGAGGAAUUUCCCCUCAUUUCGUUCGCUUCCAUGGCUACCAACACCAACGACGCGUUCGUCGGUGUUGCAGGGCUGGAAGCUGGUGAUAUGACCAUCUACGUGUCGGCGUAUGAUGCGGGGACCGAGCUCAACAACGAGUCCUGCGAGUUUAUCCCAGGGCCUGCCUGCAACCCCGAAUCUGGAAAUGAACGAACACCAGAAGACGGCGAAGGAGCUAUCUACAUCCACCCAGGGAUCCAAGGUGUCUACCCAGACAAGGAACGAAACGCAACGGACUUGAACCCUGCUCAAUAUGACUGGAGAAAUCCGUUUAUCAAGGUGGAAGUGACAAUUGAAGAAGCCGAAGAAGAGGAGUACUAA